AUGCAGCAGAAGUUCGUACAACAUCCAGAUGACGCGCUAAUGAACGUGACUGAAACUCCGUCCCUUCACUUACUCAACGGGACCGACGAUAUCUGGGCCCAAGACUUCAUAGAGCCCGGCUUCGCCAGUAUGCCUGGUUCAGAAGGUCCGAUAUCACUACGGGUCCUAGUUCAGAGUGCGCAAUCCAUCAGAGUUUCUGGACGUCAGGUCUUCGAAAGCCUCAGAGGUGAUAGAGUCGGAGGCCACCAACCGUCGCUGGGGUCUGGUUUUGGACACGAGGAGAUUAACUCGGGUGGAAACAUCGAGAUUAUCCCACCGAUGGACGAUGGCUGUUGCGGAUACCCAAGUUCCAUUAAAUUCAUUAAAAAAGCACAAGACAGUGGUCAUGGCUCCACCCUUGCCACUAGCUAUCCCAAUCUCCGCCAACCGGAAGGUUUUUCUUUCUGCGAUUCUAGGCUUGAGAACCUUACCAUCGACGCGCUUCUGUCUGACGACGAUUUCUUGCAGACGCAAAAGUAUGUACAGAAGUAUAUCGACCACAACUUGGAGCUUCUGCUUGAAGAAUUACCAUUGCCUCACAACGAAGUUCUGCGAAUCCCCGCUCUCUUUAAGAAUUUCACAUAUCCUUGGCCAUCUAAUCUCGAUGGACUUCCCCCGCGCCUGCACAGGGCCGCUCCUGGACAGAGUCAACUAAUUGCUUUCCUUCCGGCUGCCAUCAACGGUGUUGUCAUCGGAUCUGAUUAUUUGACUGCGAAGCGUUGGGGUCCAAUUGUUGAUGAUCAUGAUAUCCUUGAGCAGGCGGUACGAGACGUGUAUGGGCAAACGGGGAUAAAGGUACAUUUCGUUGACGAUUUCAUGUCCCAUCACGUAAAUGGAGGUGAAGUCCACUGCGGCACUAAUACCCUCAAAGAUACAAGAGUCGAAUGGUGGAGCUAA